AGAAAAAAUAAGCCAUCUGAAAAAAAAGAAGUCAGGCCUUCUGAAAUGCGUUUCAAAAACCAAUCAAUGAAAUGCGACAUUUAUUGUGGGAAUCCACUCUCUCGAUGAUUCAGGCCUAAAAGCGGACGACGAGAAAUCCAAUUUUCCAUUUAAGCAGCUAUAAUAGGCCAGUGGUAUCUUUUUUUCAUACUGAACGUGGCUUCCCUGUGUCUUGGUUACACUUUGCUGUUUUAAGCGCAUGUGAUAAUGCAUGUUGGAAAAUGCCUGAUCUAUAUGGACAGCGUCUCACUCAAACCUACGUCACCAUAGUGAAACCCAAGAAGAACAGACUUUGCAAUGACAAGGUUUCUGACAAAAGUUCACCGUGGGAAAUGGAUACAGCUCCCCUGCCAGUGAAAGAGAGUUCCUAUGUCGCGGUAGCCACGGACAGGGUGUCGGAAUAUUCGGACACGGGUUCCACAAAGAAAAUGCCGAAAAAGAUGAUUCGGAAAUGGGAAGUGUUCCCGGGGAGGAAUAAAUUCUGUUGUAAUGGCCGGAUUAUGAUGGCACGGCAGACUGGAAUAUUCUAUUUCACGUGUAUUCUGAUAGUGGUAACCAGUGGCCUGUUUUUUGGCUUUGACUGUCCUUACCUAGCAAAAAACGUAACGCCAGCUAUUCCAGCAUUUGGGAUCGCCUUAUUUAUAUUUGUGAUGUCAACGCUAUUCAGAACGAGUUUCAGUGAUCCUGGGGUCAUUCCUCGCGCAUCUCCGGAUGAGGCUGCCGACAUUGAGAAACAGAUAGAGGUGCCAAACUCGACCCCGGGGACUUAUCGUCCACCCCCCAGAACCAAGGAGGUGGUUAUCAAAGGACAGGUUGUCAAAUUAAAAUACUGUUUUACAUGCAAAAUAUUUCGACCCCCACGGGCCUCUCAUUGCAGUCUCUGUGAUAACUGUGUGGAGAGGUUCGACCACCACUGCCCCUGGGUGGGAAACUGUGUAGGAAGGAGGAAUUACCGCUACUUUUAUUUAUUCAUUCUCUCCCUAUCCAUCCUCUGCAUCUAUAUAUUUGCCUGUGUGCUUACUCAUCUUAUAUUACGUUCACAAGAGGAUAAUUUCUUGCAUGCAAUGCGAGACUCUCCAGCCAGCAUUAUCGAGGCAAUAAUUUGUUUCUUUUCGGUCUGGUCCAUAAUUGGCCUAGCUGGCUUCCACACCUAUCUAGCUACGUCUGAGCAAACCACAAAUGAAGAUAUAAAAGGCUCCUAUUCCGCCAAGAGGGGGCAAGAGAAUUUUAACCCUUUCAGCCAAGGAUCAAUAUUUAGGAACUGCCUGGGUGUUCUAUGUGGCCCCACCCCUCCUAGUUUGAUUGACAGUCGUGGUUUUGUCAUCCCAGACAGCUCGCAGACUCAAGGGGUAAAUGCGUCCACCGGCAAAGAGAGCAAUGCCGUCAAUGUUAAACAUGAAUAUUACGGAUCUACUAACAACACUAAGACUAACAAUGUGGGAACAAACACGGCUAAUCAUGUGACAGGAAGUAACGGUUCCGGUCCAGUGAUGAAGCAGAUGAUUAGCUAUCAGACCCCAGACGGUUCCAUCAACAGUCGCCUCCCACCCACCAAUGUGGGUAAGAAUCCCCUGUGGAACAGCACCCUGACCCAGCUGGCUUAUCAGAAUGGGAACAGUUCUGCCGUAGCAUACAAAGACUCCCAGUCUCCACCCCAACAUGUUACGUACACCGAAGUAUCAGAGGGCGGCCGCUGGAACAGCAAUGAUCCAUACAGCAGUUGGGGGAGUCAAACACAACAGCAAUCAUUUCACACUUGAUCGAGCUUUGGACAAUUUUCUUUACUUUUCUUCUCCUUUUUCUUCUCGGAAAUCCACAGAAACUCGGCCGCGUCUGUCCGUCAUCACCUCUUGGAGUUCACGCUUCCAUGAAGUCAGUUCAUGUCUUGUGAUAAUUUUAGUUAUAGCUAUAGUACAUAUAUAUAAUUAUGUGUGUGUCUUAUUAUGUCUUCUGUUGUAUGUGGAAAGAGAGUGUGUUGUGUGUACGGUAUGUGUAAAAGGAAACAUAAGCAGGGUGUUGUUUAUUAACAUACACGUCACUUAUAUUUUUUGUUUCUUUCUUCGUAUUUUUAGUGCAGAUCAAAGUGUGCUUUUAAAUCGCCCUUGAAUGUGCAUGAUAUUGACAAGUACACACACAUGUAUAAAUGAGAAAAAAAGUCAAAUAUACAUCCUUUGUAUUGCAUAUUACAUGUAUUGUAGUAUUUUGUGAAAAAAUGCAUCAAAAUGUAGCAUCUUUUUUUUUUAAUACAAUGUAUAUUGUAGCCCAGAUAACUCAUUUUGGUUUGAUAUUUGAUUAAUAAAGAGGAAUUUUUUUUACUUUUUUCCAAAUUGACAAUUGAAAAGUAGUACAUAUACUAACUUUAUUCUUAUUCAAAAACAUUACAUUUUUUUGGUUGGGCCUUUCAAUUGUUAAUGUACUUCGCAAGAUCUUUCAUUUGACUGUCAGAAGUAUGGUACUGGUAACUGUACUUUUACUUGAGUUUGUUUUGUAUUUAUUAAAAAGGUUGCCAACAAACAAUAAGAGGUGUAUAAUAUUAUACUGUAUACAGGGUUAUUUUCGCCCUGUGUAAUUUUCGUCCUUCUACACUUGCAAACAGUUUUGACUUGUCUUGAAUUCGCCCAGACACAGUUGUCAUUUUAGAGCGACAUUUUGAGACAGUGUAAAUUGUCCAGUCUUAGUUUUGCCCGCUGACAACGAGGGUUGAAAGGGGCGAAAAUAAAACAGAGGCGAAUAUUUCCCUGUAUGCAAUAUUAAUGAAUAAGAAUACAACACAAAUUGAGUAUGAUGUAAAUGUUUAAUAAACAGUAUUGCAUAAUAAUUUAAGGAGAUAGAUAAAAGGACAAAGGUAUGUAUUUUAAUUACAUACAUGAAUCAAAACCAAGAGAUAUGUUAUGUUUUACUGUUUGUGUAUUAUAUCUGUAAACAUUUGAGUCAUCCACGUAUAAUACCUUGAUUACCAAAUGUCUCAUCAGUUAGCUUUUGAAGCUUUUUUAUAUACAUAUUUGUACGUCGUUGCGAUCUUUGUUAUAGCCCAGGAAAUACCUCUGUUUAAAGGAUCAGAAAUACAUGGGUACCAUACUCAAAGUUUUUAUCCUUUUUUUUUAAAUUAUAGAAAUUACUUCAUUUUUCGAUUGCAUUUGACCAAACUCUCUUUUAAAAAUGCAGUGACUUCAUGAAAUAGUUCUCCGUUUCUCACGAAAGUAUUAAUUCCCUUUUCAUACUUUUUAGAUUUAUGUAUCUGAAAUUUUUUCAAUUUGUGAAAUAACCUUGUUUAAAAAAAAAAGAGAAUAGAUUCUGUCAUAAAUGAUUUUUUUUAGCCCUUUGGUUUUAAUUGUCAGGGAUAUACAUUCCAACAAGUGUUCAUUGAUUUUAGACGGCUCCUGUGUAUUAUGUAAAUUUACCUCAUUUAAAUCUUUUCCAGUGCUAUCACUCGUGUGUAUUCUCACAUUGUUUGAAUUUUGUUUUUUGAUAGAUAUCA